AUGCAGCGAUCUUUUUCUUCCUCAUCUGCCGAUCAUCGACAUUACAAUCGUCCAUCAACAACAGCAUGUCGACAUUUGCCUGUUCAUCUUGUUUAUAAGAAUGGCAAUGAUUUUUAUUCUUCCGACACUGAUGUUCAUCGUAAGACAUUUAUUCAACGCGUAUCAUCAACAAGUAGUGUUUCCUCAACAAGUUCAAGCAUUAAUGGGAGUUACCGUAUAUUACCAGUACGAUAUUCCUCAAUAGACCAGAUUCUACCAAACCUUCCAAGUGCAACAGCGAAUGAACGUGGUAUUAACGUACGCAUACAAUUCGAUCGCCCCCAUCGCCAUCAUAAACAUCGUCAUCGAAAUCAUCAUCAUCGUCGUCAACGUCAUCAUACUGAAGAAUACGAACGACAUCAUCAUAAACAUAUGACGAAAGAUCAUCAACAUUAUAAUUCUUGUCCUUUACUUGAUGAAAAUAAUCCAAAUUCAUCAUGUUUAGGACCAUCAAAUAUAACUUGUAUUGAAACUCGAUCAAUUGUACGCGAUAAUUCCAAUAAUGAACUUAAUAAGAAUAAUUAUAUUAAACCUAUGAUUAUUCGUGAACGAUCAAUUCCUAAAUCACCAGUAACAAAUACUCGAAUAAAACAUAUUCCAUUUAAUCCAAAUUGUAUAUCAACACGAGAUUUUGAAAAUGAUCUUCGUUCACAAACAAAUCGAAUUCACGAGAUUCAACAAGAAUGUAAUUCAUCAUCACAUCAAGAAUUACGUUCAUUAGUUAAUCAAACAUCAGAUCAUGUUCAAAAUUUAUAUAUUGCAUCGAAAAAUUAUUCUGAAAAAUUGGGUAUUGCUGAUACAGCUUUAAAUCUUCUUAAUAAUCUUACAUCUCAGAUAAUUGAAUUAGAAACUCGUUUAGUUUCACAAUCAUCCCUUGUUGACGAUGAACAUUAUAUUCAUCGUCAAUUAAAUGAUCUUAAUGAACUUAAUAAUCAUUUACAAACACUUGAGAAGUCCAUUAAAGAACUUCUCAUACAAAGUAAACAACUUAGCAAUGAUAGAUUGAUUCGUAUUAGCGAACAAUUAGCAACACGAUGGAAACAUAUUACUUCAGAAAUUUAUCGAAGGUUUAAUUAA